AUGACUGACAAAGCAGAAGAAAUUAUAUCAAGUAUGCAUCCCAGCCUACUAGAUGAAGAUUUUCCUCUGGAACCUGAAGAAGCUGCUGAACAGGAGAACCCAGCCUGUACAGCUACAGACACUCCAGCCUUAUGCACAGAAGACUUUCAUGAACCGGUAUUGAAUGAAAAGAGCAACAUUGUGCACUUAGAAGAAAUCCAGAAGCUUGCCCCACACUUCCCCCUGAGAGUAAUUGGACACUCAUGGAACCUCAUCUACUGUACAGCGCGGGAUGGAUUUAGCCUCAAGACCAUGUACCGAAGCAUGACUGACUUGGUCUCUCCUAUCUUGCUGGUCAUUAGAGACACUGAUGGUCAGAUAUUUGGAGCCUUUUCUUCUACAGCCAUCCAUGUCAGCAACAGCUUCUAUGGGAAUGGAGAAAUGUUCUUGUUCUCCUUCAACCCACAACUGAAGGUAUUUAAAUGGACUGGCAAAAACACCUUCUUCAUGAAAGGAGAUGCUGAUUCACUGGCAGUUGGCGGAGGCAGUGGGAAAUUUGGAUUAUGGCUAGAUGGAGAUCUGAACCAUGGAGGAAGUCAUCCCUGUGAAACAUUCAAUAAUGAAGCAUUAUCCCCUAGAGAGGAAUUCCUCAUCCAUGACUUGGAAGUUUGGGCUCUGGAUUAA